AUGGAAGAACUGUUUUGGAAUUUGCCAAUAAGAACCACCCAUGCAAGACGUCCUAUUCAAUAUCGACUGAAACGCUUUGGCCUACCGGCAAACAAACUCACAUUUGAUCUAAGGCGCAUCGAUGAUUCAGAAAGUGCAUCACUACGAAAAGAAACUACUGUAGCGGAGUACUUUGAGAAGAAAUAUAAAAAACUGACGUAUCCGCAUUUGCCAUGUAUUGAUGCUAGAAAUGGUGAAGAAGAACGAGCUCAGUGGUUACCGAUGGAAACGGUUCAGAUUGUUGAAUGGGAACGUGCUAUGAGAUCAUUGGACAGUGUACAGCAAGCUAUAGUAGCGAAAAAAUCGAUUGUUGAACCUAGUCAACGCUACGAUAAAAUAAUGGAUAUUAUAAGAAACCGCAAUUUCAAUGCUGAUCGUUAUUUACCAGUACUCAAUAUUCAUGUGAAAGCGGAAGAAAUGUUGAAAAUUCGCGCUCGAAUUUUACCACUACCUCAAAUAACAUAUCGAGGACAAAAUAAUCAAGAUAUUGUUGAAUAUGUUACAUUCGGUAAAUGGAUAAUUCGAAAUCAAUUUUGUUCAACGUCGGUUAUCAAUAAAUGGGACAUGAUUUAUUUUGGUACGAAACCAGAUGCAAAUAUAAUCGAGAUUCUAAAAAUUUCCGAACAACAGUUACCAUCGAUCACUCAUACCACUUCAUCAAAGAAAAUAUCAUCGAUUGCUGCAAUUCUUGGAUCAUGUGAUCCGUCAUGUAGUCGUUAUGCUGCUCGUCUAUGUGAACGUAAAUAAUAUAGUCGAUUUUUUUUUGUUUCGAG